UUGGCCUGCCUUUACCCCAUUGCUUAAACUUCUACCCAAAACUCUCUCUCCUCUCUCUCUCUGUCUUUCAUACACAGUGAGAGCAGAAGAAUGUUGCCCACCUCACUCUCUCCAGUUCACUCCUCCAGUUUAUAUUCUCCCUCUCUGUUUCCUUUUUCUCCUUUUCCCUCUUCUUCUUCUUCUUCUUCUUCUUCUUUUUCUUCUUCCUCUGUAUCGCUUGAAUCAUCUUCUCAUCGUCUCUGCUCUCUGCGACUCUACAACAAUGCCCAUUUGAGGAUUACCUACAAAUCCAAUGGACUGAAACUCAACUGUUCUUUAAAAGAGCCUCUGAAGGUGAUGAUAUCCGGUGCACCGGCAUCAGGCAAAGGAACUCAGUGCGAAUUGAUUGUCCGUAAGUUUGGAUUGGUACACAUAUCAACGGGGGACCUCCUAAGAGCUGAAGUGUCAUCUGGGACAGAAAUUGGAAAUAAAGCCAAAGAGUUCAUGAAUGCUGGCCGUCUGGUCCCUGAUGAAGUCGUGACUGCGAUGGUCACAGCACGAUUAUCACGGGAAGAUGCAAAAGAAAACGGGUGGCUUCUAGAUGGCUACCCCCGAAGUUUUAACCAAGCACAAAGCCUGCAAAGUUUGAAGAUAAUACCAGAUGUUUACAUUGUAUUAGAUGUUCCUGAUGAAAUUCUAAUCGACAGAUGUAUUGGAAGAAGGCUAGACCCAGUUACAGGGAAGAUUUACCAUCUCAAAAGUUUCCCUCCAGAGACUGAGGAAAUGAAAGCAAGACUUAUUACCCGUCCUGAUGACACCGAGGAAAAGGUGAAGUCACGCCUUGAAAUAUACAAGCAAAAUGCUGAUGCAAUCUCAACCACUUACUCCCACAUAAUGAAAAAGAUCGAUGGGAACCAUCCUAAGGAAGUAGUUUUUGAAGUAAUAGACUCUAUACUGUCACAAGUGCAGAAAGAUAAAGAAACGAAGAUGAAAUUAGGGAAAUCAAAUCAGUCAACUUCAGUCCAGGAUAACUGGAGGGGAAUUCCUACUAAAUUGAAUAACAUUCCACAUUCUAGAGACAUCAGGAAAUAUUUCUAUGAGGAUGUGCUGCAGGCCACCCAAAGAGCAAUAAAUGAUGGAAGAACUCGACUAAAGGUGGAGAUUAAUAUUCCAGAGCUGAACCCAGAAAUGGAUGUUUAUCGAAUAGGUACCUUAAUGGAACUUGUUCGAUCUCUUGCUCUUUCAUUUGCCGAUGAUGGGAAACAUGUCAAGGUUUGUGUUCAAGGCUCUAUGGGGGAAGGCGCUCUUGCUGGAAUGCCAUUACAGCUUGCUGGUACUCGAAAAAUCUUGGAGUUCAUGGACUGGGGUGAAUAUGAGGCUAUGGGGACGUUUAUCAAUAUUGGUUCUAUAGGUGGCAAAGAGGUAGAUGAGCAAGAUGACCUGUUUAUCUUAGUAGCUCCUCAAAAUGCUGUUGGGAAUUGUAUUAUCGAUGAUCUAAGAGCUAUGACCGAUGCUGCUGGGGACCGACCAGUAAUUCUUAUCAAUCCCAGGCUCAAGGAUUUGCCUGCUUCGAGUGGAAUCAUGCAAACCAUGGGGCGCGACAAGAGAUUGGAGUAUGCUUCAUCAUUCGAAAAUUGCUAUUUCUUUCGGCUUCUCUAUUAUGCAGGAACCCAAUAUCCAAUUAUGGGUGCUCUCAGGAUGUCUUAUCCAUAUCGUUACGAACUGUACAAGAGGGUGGAUGACCCUUCUGGGAAAGAGAAGUACGUUAUCUUGUCUACAUUUCCUGAAAAGCCAAGUACCGAUGAAGUGAAUGAUGCUUUCGAAGGAAAGCCUAGAAAUAAGAGUAAGAAAGCCUUGGGAUUCUGGGGAUUCUUAAGUGGUAUAUUUUGAGUGGAAACUAAAAGAAGUAUAUAUGUAGUCUGCAUCACAUGCGAGUAUAUUAACCAACGAGGAUGAAUUACCUUUUAAAAUGCUUUCUGUCAGUAAAUUGGGGAGUUUGCUUCUAGGCAUCAUGGAAACUUAAAGCAGGGGUAUAUAGAGAAGAGAAACAAAAUGUAAUAAAACCUUUCCAAUGAAAUGAUCUGGUUGAGAAAUGUCUGCUUAUUGUUAUGAAUGCAUUUGAGGAUAAGAGAGAA